GCAGAAGCUGUGGGAACAGGAAGUGCGUGCGGUCGGCCUGCAGAAAGCGUCUCUGAUUCGAGUGUUGCUUCGUUUCCAGAGAAACCGGCUGCUGCUGGUCGUCGCCAUCUCCGUAGUCUUCAUGGUGGCGCUGUUCUGCUCUUCAGGAAUCCUGGUCCGUGAGAUCAUCCUCUACAUCCUCAAACCGGAGUCAUUCUCAGUUUGGGGGGGCUUGGGUCUGUGUUUGGGUCUGGCCUUUAUGGACCUCUUAAGGAUCAGCUCUAGGACUCUGUUUUGGGCCAUCGGCUUACGGACAGGAAUCAGGAUGAAAACAGGUUUCUGCAUGCUGGGCUUCCGCAAGAUCAUCACUCUGAGGACGCACAGCGAAGUCUCUGUGGGACAGAUGGUGAAUGUUUUGACCAGUGACAGCUACAAGCUGUUUGAAGCCGUCCGGUGGUGCCCGACUUUGCUGCCCUCCCCCCUCCUGUUGAUCAUGUGCGCUGCAUACUCCUGCCACAUCCUCGACUACACUGCUCUCAUCGGCAUCUUCAUCUUUCUCGUCUUCAUCGUCCUCCAGUUUGUGUCUGCCAGGCUCAUUAAUCGGUUCCAGAAAAAGGCUGGGGAGAUCACAGACAGCCGAGUCCGCUCCAUCAACGAGGUCCUCAGCUGCAUCAAACUCAUCAAGAUGUAUGUGUGGGAGGAGUCCUUCUACAAGAAUGUCACAGACAUUAGGACGUUAGAGAGGAGGAUGUUGGAUAAAGCUGCUCUGAUCCAGAACUUCAGUGCGACCAUCAGCCCUCUUGUCCCAAUCAUCGCCAUCAUGGUCACCUACACCGUUCACACCUGGCUGGGUUUACCUCUCAGCACCAGCACCGCUUUUCCUUUCGUCACCCUCCUGAACAGCGUGAGGUUUAUUCUGUCAUCGUUGCCCCCUUGUGUCAGUUUCCUUGCUGAAGCUGCUGUGUCUGCGGCUCGCCUCAAGAGGUUACUGCUGACAGAGAAUACAGAGCCGUACAUCAACCACAGCACCAGCAGCCCAUUGGCGGUCGUCGUCAUGGCGAAUGCCACACUGUCCUGGACCAAACCACUCCACCCCCCCGACACAGAGGACAGGGACAACCUGGUGUCCGAAGCCAGAGGUGCUGAAGGGAUGCCCGUCCUGAGGAACGUCUCCUUCACUCUGCACAAGGGCAGACUGCUCGCUGUGUGUGGGACUGUUGGAAACGGGAAGACGUCACUGAUCUGCAGUUUGUUAGAACAGUUGAACCUACAGCACGGAUCGGUCUCGGUGCAAGGAUCAAUUGCUUAUGCUGCUCAGCAGGCCUGGAUCUUCUACGGGACAGUGCGGGACAACAUCCUGAUGGGGGAACCUCUGGACCACUCCAGGUACAACCGAGUCCUGAGCUGCUGCUGCCUGGAGGACGACCUCAAAAUCCUGCCACACGGUGAUCAGACGCUGUUAGGAGAGGAGGGGGUGAACCUGUCGGGGGGGCAGAAACAGAGGGUGAGUCUGGCCCGAGCCGUCUACUCCAACCGAGACAUCUACCUGCUGGACGACCCACUGUCCGCCGUCGAUGCUCACGUUGGAAAACACAUCUUCGAGCAAUGCAUCAAGAAAGAGCUGCUGGGGAAGUCCAUUAUACUGGUUACUCACCAGUUACAGUACCUGGAGUUCUGUGAUGAGGUUCUGGUUCUGAAGGAUGGAGCGGUCCUGGAAACAGGAAGUCACGUGGAGCUGAUGAAGGCGAAGGGACACUACGCUGACAUCAUCACCACACACCUGGCUGAGCCAGCCGCUAUAGAGCUCAUCAGUGUGGUUCCUCAACCCCAGAAAGAGAAAGUUAACGGUCAUACGAAUGGAGGGAUAGUCAAUCCAGCCUUCGACAUGUCGGAUGAGAACACUGAUGCACUUUCAUCCGCCUGCAAACCUGCUGAUCAGAAGAGUGAAGCGAGUUUGAUCACCUGGACAACCUUUCAGCAGUACUGUCAUGCAGCCGGAGGACUCUGUGUGAGCUUCUUCACUCUCCUCAGCUUCAUGGUGCUUACAGCUAACGGGACGUUAGGCUACUGGGGCCUCAGCUACUGGCUGCAGCAGGGAGACGGGACUGCCAACAUGACAUCUUCAGAGCGAGACAACGUCUCUCUGAACCCCGACCUGCACUUCUACCACCUGGUAUGUGCUGCGAUGUUGGGCAGUCUGCUGAUCAUCUGCUUCAUCAAAUGUUUCUGCUUCGUCAGAGUCACGCUUAAUGCCGCCACCACGCUGCACAACAAGCUGCUCAGCAACAUCUUAGCAAAACAGAUGAGCUUCUUUGACACGACUCCAACCGGCCGCAUCCUCAACUGUUUCUCCAUGUGUCAGAACGAGGUGGACUCUGCUGUGCCUUUUUAUCUCAACAUCCAGCUCGUGUUCUCUCUGAUGGCCAUCUCCAGUUUGAUCAUCUCUGUAAUCACCUUCCCGUACAUGCUGCUGCCAGGGUGCAUCCUGGUGACGGUCUUAAUUAUCCUUGUCAGCCUGUUCCUGAAAAACGUCUGUACGUUGAAGAAGAUGGAGGACAUCAGUCGCUCUCCCUGCAUCUCUCUGUGCACCUCCAUCGUUAAAGGCCUCGGCACCAUUCACGCCUACGACAAGACGCACAACUACACAGAGCAGUUUAAGAGCCUUUCUGACAUCAACGCUAACCACUUCUUACUGUUUAACUACGGCCUAUUUUGGAUCUCCAACAUAAUGGAUACUCUGUAUGUCAUCAUGACGCUGAUAGUCGCUCUGCUGGUCGUCUUCAUCUCCAAUGAUGUCUGCAGCCCCCCCUUAAAAGCCCUCUCUCUGAAUUUCAUCUUACAGCUGUCGGCAAACUCUCAGUAUUUGAUCCUGUCCCUGAUUUCGGUUGAAGCGAGGUUCAUCUCCGUGGAGCGCCUGCUCGAGUACAUCAUGGGCUCGGAGGAGUUGGAGGGGCAGCUGAAGGUGGAUCCGGUCUCAGAGGACUGGCCUCAGCACGGAGUCAUCACCUUCCUGGACUAUAAGAUGCGCUACAGACAGAACUUACCUGUUGUCCUCAAUGGGCUGCAGCUCCACAUCAGAGCUGGGGAGAAGAUCGGCAUUGUGGGAAGGACUGGCUCCGGGAAGUCGUCUCUGGCUGUGGCUUUGUUCCGGCUGGUUGAACCGACUGCAGGAAGCAUCCUGAUAGACGGAGUGGACAUCACAUCCAUCAGUCUGUCUGACCUGCGCACAAAACUGUCCAUCAUCCCCCAGGACCCCAUGCUGUUCACUGGGACUGUCAGGUACAACCUGGACCCUUUCAACAGACACAGUGAUGAGGAAAUCUGGGCAGCGCUGGAAAAGACCUACAUGAAGGACACAAUUUAUGGUCUGGAGAGGAAGCUGCAAGCCGAGCUGGCGGACAACGGAGGAAACUUUUCUGUAGGACAGAGACAGCUGAUCAGUCUGAGCCGAGCACUGCUACGAAACUCCAAGAUCAUCCUAUUGGACGAGGCGACAGCGUCUAUCGAUGCAGAGACCGACGCUCUGAUCCAGAUCACCAUCAGAGAGGCGUUCAGGGACAGCACGGUGCUCACCAUCGCUCACCGCAUCCACACGGUGCUGCAGGCCGACCGCAUCCUCGUCCUUAACCACGGACAGGUCGCGGAGUUUGAUCAUCCAGACGUGUUGAAACAAAGACCAGACUCACUGUUUGCCUCUCUUCUAACGGCUUUCAACACUGUGGCGUCCUGAUGUCCUUAAACGCACCGCAGUGACCUCAGAGGACUUUACAGCAGUUUAAAUCACGGAGGUUUCUGCAGUGUUAAGAAAAGCCUCCCCAAUGUUGACAAGGUUCUUCCUCCUUUCUUCUUCCAGGACAUGAAAACCCGUUUCCUGGGUGAAAGUCUUUUUAUUUAAUUUUGGUGCUGACAGUAAUAAAUACGUAGAAUAAAUGCAGAUUACAGCGCUUUACUUUUCAUUGCUAUAUGUACCAAUGCUUCAUGAGA